AUGGCAAACCUUCCACAGUCGCUGUUUGGGUCAGAUCCGUCGUCGUCGUCGUCAGGAGCAGUGGCUCCGAGCACGUCCGGAACCACCACUUCCACUACUGAUCAUGGAGAACCCUCAAGGGUUUACGUGGAGAAGUUGAUUCUUGCCCUUCGCGAUGAUAAAACCCGAGAACGCGCUCUUGGCCUCCUUAACAAGACUAAGGCAACUCGUGAAGAUUUAGCUCUAUUGCUAUGGCAUUCUUUUGGUACUAUAUUCACGCUUUUAGAGGAAAUACUUGCAGUAUACCGCUCAAUAUCAAACCCAAACCUUACAGAAAGAGCAUCAAGUAGAGUAUGCAAUGCUCUUGCUCUACUUCAGUGUGUAGCUUCUCACCCAGAUACAAGGAAGCUGUUUAUCAAGGCUAACAUACCACACUAUCUAUACCCUCUUCUUAACAUUAUGAACAAGGAAAAGCCUUACGAACAUUUAAGGCUUACCAGCUUAGGUGUUAUUGGUGCCUUGGUGAAGCCUGGUGAUGAAGAUGCUAUUCAUUUCCUUCUCGAAAGUCAAAUAUUUCCUUGUUGCCUUCGUUGUAUGGACGUGGGCAAUGACUUGUCAAAAACGGUUGCCACGUUUAUUGUUCAUAAAAUUCUUAUGAAAGACGAGGGGCUGAAGUAUUGCUGUGCUUAUGCGCAACGAUUUUAUGCAGUGGGCCGUGCUUUGGAAAACAUGUUAGAAAAUCUUGCUGAGGACCUCUCACACUCACACCAUCUGCUAAAACAUAUUAUCGGUUGUUAUCUGAGGCUCUCACAAAGUCCAAGGGCAUGUGACGUGUUAAGAUACUGCCUUCCCACGAGGUUAAGAGAUCCUACCAUCUUCAACCUCCUUCGUGACGACCCAACAGCCAUGGUUUGGCUGCAAGAAUUAUAUCACAAUGUGUCAAACAGAGCCCAAUGGACAACAAUUCCGACUGGAGAAUUACUUGCAAGCUUGAUUAGACCCUAA